AUGGAGGCGACGGGGGUGACCUUGGGGAAGGCCGCGCUGGGUGGCGCACUGGGCUAUGCCACGUCCAAGGCGGCGGAGGAAAUCGCGCUGCAGCUCGGUGUCGAGCGCGAUGUGAACUUCAUCAAGGACGAGCUGCAGAUGAUGCAGUCCUUCCUGAUGACUGCGGAUGAGGAGCAAAGCCAGAACAAGGUGCUCGCCACCUGGGUGAAACAGAUCGGGGUCCUGUCCUACAAAGUGGAGGACAGCCUCAUGGAUUUUGGCCUCCACUCAGAGAAAAAGCCAUUCUUGGGGUGCAUCCCCUGUAACCCAGGUGAUCGACACCGCAUUGGCAAGGAGGUGAAGGAGUUGAGGGCCGAGGUGGAGGACGUGAGCAACAGGAACCAGCGCUAUCGCCUCAUCAAGGAGAGCUCAGGCUCCAACCCUACUGCGGCAGAGGAGCAGGCCAGCAGCGCCACCGCUGCAAUGUUUGGCAUCAACGAACCAAUGAUUGCCACCUUGGAGCAUGAAAGAUCAUCAGAGGUGAAUAUCCACAAGCUGAUUACCAGCAACGAUGUGGACCUUAGGGUGAUCGCCGUGUGGGGAACUAGCGGUGAUCUCGGGAAGACUUCCGCGAUCCAGGAGGUUUAUGAUGACCCAAAGAUAUUGAAAAAGUUUGGUUUUCGUGCUUGGAUUAGGUUGGUGCAUCCUUUCAAUCCACAAGAGUUCCUGCGGAGCUUGGUAAGGCAAUUUUAUGAAAAUUCCCAUGAUGUUGGAAAGCUUGAACAAGAAACAAAUGUCGGGGCUGAUGUUCUGGCCAAGAUGGAGAAGAUGGAUCCGAAUGAUUUAGUUCGUGUGUUUAAAGCAGAGUUGUUUAGCAAUAGCUACCUGAUCGUAAUUGAUGAUCUAUCCACGAUAGUGGAGUGGCAUUGCGUUAAGAAGUACUUUCCCGAUAACAAGAAACAAAGUAGAAUCAUCGUUUCCACGCAGCAAGCUGAAAUCGCAAGCUUGUGCACAGAGAAACUGUAUCAAGUUUCGGAGUUCAAGCAGUUGUCGUGUGAUCAAACUAUUUAUUUGUUCCACAAGAAGUUGCAGAAUACAGAGAAUCCGGUCAGCGUGGGCAGUGCUAAUGUGGCAAUGUUUGAUACCAGUGAUGAAGUAAGGCUUGCUGCUGUGGAGAAGGAGAAACUGAAGGAUAUGCGUGCAUCAUGUUCUGUCGAGCCAAUUUCUGAUUCAAACAAAGUUGCUACCAACAAGAACACAAUAAUUCCCAUCGAUGAAAUAUUUUUAGUGAACCAAGAAUAUAACAAUGGGAUUGAAGAAAAUUUUCAUAACUCAACUGGUAGAAAGAAGUUUGAUCGCAGCAGGACAUUGGCACUGGGUGAUGAAGUGCUCUGUGGGCGAGAAACAGAGAAAUCUGUUGUUAUCAAAUUAGUUGGCCAACCAGACCACAAUGAAGGACAUAAGGUGAUAUCAGUUUGGGGAAUGGGGGGCCUUGGAAAAACCACUCUUGUCCGAAGCAUCUACCGAAGCCAACAGCUUGGUGGUGGAAGCGUGCUUGGGCCACUGCCUUGCGUCCUUUUAACCCGGAAGUACUCCUUAGGGAUUUGGCUUUGCAGCUUCAGAAUACUAUUCAAGAAGAUCCUGCUGGAGCAACAACAUCCAGAGAGGGAAAAAAUAGUAUAA